GGGUCUUUAUGGUGUGAAGGAAAGAGUCCUAGCUGGUAGGUAGUGAUAGUGGGGAUUCCACGAUUUUGUCUUUUCGGUUAGAACAGUGUGUCUUAUACCUUAGGCCUUCUUAAAGGGAAGAAAUUUCAAGAAUCCUCAAAUGAGAAACACUCCCUUAAAAAAUGAGGUACUUAAGGGGCAGAGACUUGGCUUUGUACCCUUACAGGUCCUUAUGAUUUUAUGGGCAUAACUUUUUGAUUGUGAAGAAUAAUAUACGCACUAUGAGGUGGAUUCUAGGUUUUUCAAGCUGAAGAACUAGAAUUGUUGUUAAUGUAACAAAAUAUUGGAAAUAGCGGAAUCAUUUUCUUUAAAUAAAUUUUCAUUUACUCUAAAAUAUCAGUUAAUUCUAGGUGGUUGCUCAUGAGUCUAUGUAAGUUGUGUAAGUAUAUGUACGUAUUAUUGGUACUUAACUUCAGUGAAGAAGGUUUUGUUGAACUUCAGUUGUGCUUAUGGUGGGUUAUCAUCAAGACUGAAGUCAUACGGUGUUCUAAAAACACCUUUUUUCUGGGUUAGUAGGAUAGUAAAGCUUUUGUGAGCUAUGAUAAGGAAGUUAAACAGCUAUGCAGGAGGAAAAUUGUGGCUUAGAGCAGCAUUAAUGAGUACAACGUAACUAACAAGGAAACAGUUUUACAUGUGUCUCCUGCCAAAUGAUUAGAGAUAAACUAUUGAAAUCUGAUGAUGGUGGUAAUGAUAGCUAACAUUCCAGUGCUUACUACAUGCCACACACUACAUGCUAAGGACUUUACAUGGAGUAUCCUAACAGCAGCCUCAUUUGGCAGGGAAUGUUGUUAUGCUUAUUUUACAGAUGACGGCAUUAUGGUUUACUGAGUUAAAGUAGCACACCCAAGGUGUGGCAGAGCCAGCGUUAAUCCAGAUUGUCCCAUCAUAUGCUAGUUUGUGGGGUUAAAACAAAGUGUGGUUUCAAAAGAUUUGGAAAGGGAAGGAACUUGGUAGCUAGGUUAGAGUCACUUUCUCUGGAACAUACUGAUUUUACCCAUGGUUAGAACCUGUACCAGCAUUUCAACUACACUAUUAACUUUGUCUGUUUAAAAAAAUUAGGUCAUAAUGAGGAAGUACAGAAAACAAAUGUUAACGGGUUCUCCCUGAAAGUUUGUAAUACAUUCUUCAGUUCUAAUAAGUGUAUUCUCAUAUAAUGCCCCCCUUGUUAAUGCUUUGGGAUCUGUUAGUGGAAGAAUAAACAUUCCCUAGCUAGAGCGUAUCAGAAGUUCAUCUAGGUUUCCUUAGGCAACUUUAGUAGACUUUUUAACUCUUAUACAGGCUCUUACGAUCAGAUGGUAGUGGCUGAUUGCAGGUAAGUAGUAAAGUUAAUUGGUUUGGCAAGAUCUUUACAUGUUUUUAUAUCUUGGUAUUCUGGUUCAGUUGGCAUUCUGUGAGCUGUGAUGUGGAAAUAAGUAUAUACCUGAAAUACUCUGGCUCAGCAUUAAAUGCUCUGAUAACAGCCACAAUUGUUAAAGUUGAUUGGUCUAGAUUGUUUUGACAGUGCAGUCUAAGAAAGGAACUGUGGAAAGGCAAAAACUAAAAGGGGAAACAAUUGUUUAUAAAAUCCUGCAGAUUGUCAUAAUGGGAAUAGAGAGUUCCUCACCAAAUUCCAGAAUAUUAGGGCUUGUAGCUUGAAAAUAAUUUUGGACAAAUGAAAGAAAGGAUGUACAAUAUGGAUCUCUUUGUUUUUAUGGAGCAGUGUAGCUUUUAAAUGUAAUUAACGCUAGACCCAUGAUGAUUUGUUAAAGAAGGUUAGGAGUGUUUGAGAUACAUGACGAAAUUUUAAAGCCUAUUGGAAUAAACAGCCACCAGCCUUUUCUAUCAAUAGGAGUACCUGAGUGGCGCAGAUGGUUAAGCACGCAACUGCUAAACCAAAUCCGUUGUUGUCGAGUCAAUUCUGACUCAUAGUGACCCUGUAGGACAGAGUAGAUCUGCCCCAUAGGGUUUCCAAGGAGCAGCUGGUGGAUUCGAACUGCCUAUCUUUUGGUGGGCAACCUGAGCUCUUAACCACUGUGCCACCAGGGCUCAACUCAACUACUAGCACUUACGUGUUGUAUUUCUAUCAUUAUGAAUGACGGUUUUGACAAAUAAUGGGUCAGUGGAACAUACCUUAAGCUAACAGAUUUUUUUUUUCAUAGUUUUUCAGUUCACUAGGAAAAAAAGCUAACUUUGUCAGUAAGCAAGUUAUGUUAUGGUUGGCAGUUCAGACCUACCCAGAGACGCGUAAAAGGCAGACCUGUCGAUCUGCUUCCAAAAGGUCACAGCCUUGAAAACCCUAUGGAGUGGUUCUACUCUGCACACAUAGGGUCACCAUGAGUCGGAAUUGACUUGACAGCAACUAACAACAAGAAGCCUCUUCUAUAAACUGUGCCUUUGUACCGAGGCCAGACAGGAUUCUAAAUUUGAUGGAUCAUUGCUAUGACCCAAGGUCUUGUCUAAAGCAAGUUUAAAUCAGUACUUUCUAAUAAUUAGGUUUUUAUUCUGGUUAGUUAGUUAAUUGAAUACUUAGAAGUCCAGUGUUAGACGAAUUACUACUUUUUCUACCCUGUGAGAAAAACCAGUUGGCUACUAUGUGUUUUAAGCUCAUAUUUGUUUUGCUCACUAUUUCACUCUUACGCGUUUUAAGCAUAAUAGGGACUGGAAGAGAAACGGAAGCUUUGUCCAUGCUUGUAGCGUUUAUAAUCUGACACAUCUACUUAGGCUGUUGCUUUCCAUCUGUAUAAGAGCUGAUAGUAACACUAAAACACGUGUGGAGUGGAGCGUACCAUAAGAUCAAGCGCCUUUUUAACACCUUUAAAAGCAACUUCAGAAUAUGACACCUUCACUAAUCAUCUUUUACUCAUACGUAAAUAAUCUGUACAUACAAAUCAUAUUUGAAAGCAAAAUAUAACCUUUAAAAUUUAUUCCUCCUUUUAACAGAAAAACUUAUCAUACUCCCCUCUGUUGAAUGCAUAUAACUAAAAAUUGCUUUGUUAUAAUAAAUAUAACACAAAUAUUAAACAAAUAUAAUGCAUCUACUUUGUGCCUGUAUUGUUGAUAAAAUGGUGAAAAAGACAGUGAAGAUCACCAUUCUCACAAAACUUUCUGGUGGAGAAAGACAGACAAUUAAAAAUAAACAAGAAAAAUACUAGAUGGUGAUGUGUUACAUAGAGAAUUAAAAUGAGGUGGUGUGAUAGCGUAAUUGGGUGGCUGCUUUAGGUUGGCAAAGAAGGCUUCUCCAAGGAGAUCAGUUUUUUGUUUUCUGUUUUUUUAAAGGAGAUCAGAUUUAACCUGGAAUAUAAGAAGGAGCUGGUCUAGGGGUGAUUUGGGUGGCAUUGGGGAGCAUUUUCAAGGCCGAGGGAACAUGCCUGUACUUCGCAUGUUCAAAUUGCUAAAAGGUUUGACUAUGCCUUCAUGUUCCAGUUUAAAAAAAUAAAAGUUUAUAAUGAAGUGUUUCAACUGUUUUUCCCUCUUGUUGCAUAUUUUGUAUUUUCCAGCACAUCUGACACAUUUGAGGAUACUUUUAAACCUUAAUGUUCAUCUGACAUCCUGGAAUUUGUUUCUCUACCUCCUGCAUUUCUGUAUUGUGAAUGACUGUUUUGACAAAGAAUGUGUCAUUGGAACACACUUAAGCUAACAGAUUUUUUUUUCAUAGUUGUUUUUCAGUUCACUAGAAAAAAGGCUAACUUUGUCAGUGAACAAGUUAUGUUAUGAUACUAGGAAAGGCAUAACUUAGCUUUUAAUUUGUCUUUGACAGUUAAGAAAAUGAAUGUUUCCAGUCUUUAUACAUUCUCAGUCAUCUGUCCACUGACCAAGUGCCUUAUGGCUCUGAGUAAUCAUUAACUGAAAGAACUCAUAACAUUGGGAACUUGGAAUCAGCAGGGUGACCAUUUGCAGGAACACUGUUUUUAGUUGCAAUUUAAGGACUAGGUUAUUUACUAGCUUUCUAGGGUAUUUACCAUACUUUGAAAUAUUUUAAUGAAUUUUAUUCUGUAAGACCCAAUUCAGUUUAGGUGUCUUUGCAGAAAAUUUAUUCUAUAAAAUUUAUACUUGCAUCAAACAAGUAUACCCCAAGAACCAUUCUUUCAUUAAAUGCUUGUUUAAUAUCUACUCUUGUUUCUGGAGAAUAUAAAGAAUAAAAAGACAUAGUCUCUGCUGUCUCACAGUUAAUUGGAAGAGGGGACCGGGGAGAGCAGAGAGGGACAGUCAAAAUCUUCUAAUUCUUCACUGAAUUUAAUUUCUAGGUGCACCUUCCCCCCAAAAAUCACACUUACGGACAGCCUCAAUUCUUCCUUUAAAAAUGUUAUCACCAUCUCUUCCUCCUCUCUCCCUGCUUCCCAUUUAAUAAUUUGACAUAGUAGUUGAAGAAAAAAGUUGUUUGCAUUUACGUAUUUGUUUUUGAUCUACUAAAAGGGGUUUAAUAGUAAUUGUUGACAUAUUAUAUUUUACAUUGUUGCUGCUACUGAUUAAACACAUAACCCACACAUGGACAAACUCUAACAUUAUAAAACUUAAUUACCCCAGGCUCCUACAAUAAUAACUCAUUCUUUUUACAGACAGAAUAAGGUCUGAGGAGUAGAAGGUUUAAUUCCACCCAGAGGCACCUUGGAAGAAAGGCCUGGCAAUCUACUUCUGAAAAAAUCAGCCAUUCAAAACCCUGUGGAGCACAGUUGUACUCUGACAUAUGAAGUCACCAUGAGUCAGAGUUGGCUCAACAUCGACUGUUAUAUAUACUGGUAUAGUAGAGUGUGUAAACAGAGGGUCUCAAAGAAAAUGCAUGUCUGAAUUCCGUGCUUCUCAGAUGACCCCUGGAGCCCUGCAGUCUGAAAAUAGCCAGUUUCCAUGCUGUUAAAAUAAUUUGGCUGUGGCGUUGGUUGAUCUUCAUUUAUUGCAACUUGAACUUUUGGGUCUUUCAAAUGGGAGCAGCAGGCAUUUUAUGCUAUGUGGGAGCCUAUGUCUUCAUCACUUAUGACGAUUAUGACCACUUCUUUGAAGAUGUGUACACUCUCAUUCCUGCUGUAGUGAUCAUAGCUGUAGGAGCCCUGCUCUUCAUUAUUGGGCUAAUUGGCUGCUGCGCCACAAUCCGGGAAAGCCGCUGCGGACUUGCCACAUUUGUCAUCAUCCUACUCUUGGUUUUUGUCACAGAAGUUGUUGUAGUGGUUUUGGGAUACGUUUACAGAGCAAAGGUGGAAAAUGAAGUUGAUCGCAGCAUUCAGAAAGUGUAUAAAACCUACAAUGGAACCAAUCCUGAUGCUGCUAGCCGGGCUAUUGAUUACGUACAGAGACAGCUGCACUGUUGUGGAAUUCACAAUUACUCAGACUGGGAAAAUACAGACUGGUUCAAAGAAACCAAAAACCAGAGCGUCCCUCUUAGCUGCUGCAGAGAGACUGCCAGCAGCUGUAAUGGCAGCCUGGCCCACCCCUCUGACCUCUAUGCCGAGGGGUGUGAGGCUCUAGUUGUGAAGAAGUUACAAGAAAUUAUGAUGCAUGUUAUCUGGGCAGCGCUGGCAUUUGCAGCUAUUCAGCUGCUGGGCAUGCUGUGUGCAUGCAUCGUGUUGUGCAGAAGGAGUAGAGAUCCUGCUUAUGAGCUCCUCAUCACCGGUGGAACCUAUGCAUAGUAGCAAAUUCAAACCUGAGCUUUUUAGUCUUGUUCUGAUUUGGAAGGUGGAUUGAGCAGGUCUGCUGCUGGUGGCCUCCUGAGUUGUUCUAGUUAAAACACACGUAUAGUGGUGGUGGACAGAGCAGCUUGUCUCUUCAUUUACCUACCUGCCUACCCUCCCACCUAUGACUUUCUUUUCCUUUGUUCUAGUUGAUUCUCCACAUCCCUAAGUUUUUAAGUACGGUCGGAAAUGUUCUAAUUUCAGAAACAUUUGCAAGUUUGUGUAGUGUGGUAGAAUUGAAGGAGGAUGUGGGCCUGCUUUUGUUACCUCCAAGCAUUAAUGGGACUGAUUCUGAAGUAUCACCAGACCCUUUCAGUCUUCACAAUGUAGAAUUCUUGGCCAAAGGUUUUGGGAGGGAGGGGGAGGAAGUCAGCUCUCUGGUUCAAGUUAACACCAGGUGGUGCCCCUCAUCAGUGUCCUUUUAAAAAAUAUAUACUGUAGUCCAAUAAGAUAGCAACUGUACAAAAUGGCUAAAAUAGACUUUAGAAUCAUAUGGUAUAUAUCUUGGUUCAUCUUCGAAAUCAGAGUCUGAUCUUUGAAACUAGUGGUUUUUAAUCAAAGCUGACUUUAUAGGAAGAGUAUAAUGUAUGUAUGCACUACUGUUUUAAAACAAUUAGCGUGUGUGUGUUUUUUUAUGAUUGAGCCCAUUCAUCAUAAGUCUUAAACUCAUUUGGAAAUAAUGUACCCAUGUAGACUAGCAAAAUAGUAUGUAGAUGUGAUCUCAGUUGUAAAUAGAAAAAUCUAAUUCAAUAAACUCUAUAUCACCCUUCAA